AGAAAGGCAGCCAUUUGGAUAAAAAUUGCUUUUGUUCCGGGACGAAAUCGAAAUCGAAGUAUCCGUUAUUUCACUCAAACUACAAGAUCUGUCAUCAACAUACGUUAUCCAAAAGGCAAUACUUUUUAUUUUCCCCAUUAUGUCCGAUCGCUCUCGGCGAACCUCACGUCGGCUCGAACGAAGCUUGGCGAAUGAUUCCGAACCCCCGUCUAGUUCGUCAAGUAGUUUCAACUCGUGGACUGUUGUAAAAUUACGUCAAGAGUUGAAAAGAUUGGGAUAUCCUUCAACAGGCCUCAAAGCAGAACUUGUAAGUAUCAUUUGGGUUUCUUUGGGGUUUUGAAGGUUUACCAAUGCUAGUUUGCUCGAAGUUUGCGGUGCCAAUUGUUUGGAAUUGUUUGUAAUCCUAUCUCAUUUCCAGGUUGCUCGUUUGGAGCGCGCCGUAAAGGAAAGGAUGCCCGAAGUUGAUGCAAGGUUAGUAAUAUUAAUUUUUAUUUCCUUUUAACCAGUAUGUUUUAACUUAACGAAGCCUCUGUGGCAAGGUUUUUCAAGGCAUGCAAACUACAUACAUGACACACAUGAAUUCUUAAAAUUAUGGUAAGAUCUCUCUAAUCGAUUUCUCAGGCGGUCGAUUACGUGUCCAAAAUGCACUGCACUGAUUUCAGAACACAGCCAGUUUUUUUUUUUUACGCAAAUACAUGAACUAAAUCGACUUAUUAGAUUAAAAACGAUCUCUAAUAAAUGUGUAAAGAGGUGCAUGCAAUUUAUUAUUUUUUUAGUUUUGCUUUCGAUUUGUCGGUCAGGAGAUGCUGACUUCGAAGUUUUAUUUACUGCUUUUGGUAUGAGUCCGAUCCUUGUUUAGCAUGAGACCCACGUGCAAGCAUAUGACAAAUUCUUUACUUUUACUGAGCAUCUCGUCAUACAUGUAGUGUCCAGCUCAGCUAGCAGACUAACAAUCAUUACAAGUCUGGGAUCAAUAACACAGCCAAUUUUGUUGUCAGUAUUUAUGAAGGCUUAACACUAUUAAUUUGCAGUGCUGUAUCCCUAUUAUAAUUAAUUCCAAUUAUAAUAAAUAUAUUAUAACAGUAAUUAUUAUACUUUGUACUCACUAUCUGUCUGUGCAUUGGCUAAGAGCCUACAGCUAAUUUUGGAAAUCAGCGCAACCUACAGAUUAGUUAUCUGCUAGCAGAUACCUGACUAAUCUGUAGGCUGCGUGCGCAAUGCAUGAUUUCCAAGAGCAAUGUCAAAUCGGCUCCAUAUGACGCUGUAUUUGUUGUUAUUUAUUCCAAAACAAUGUAUAAUAAAACAAUAAUUAUUAGGUUCGGUUUUUGUAAUAUCUGGAAUAAUCAAGGGCCUCGGCCUUCGGCUCGGCCAAUAACACUUACCUCGACCUUGAUUUUUCCCAGUAUCACAAAAACCUCAUCCAAUAAUUGUUUAUAAUCACAUUCUAAAUAGAUGUUGAUGAAUUAGUGCAAAAAUGAUAACAGCAUUGGGAAUACCACGAUAUGGCUGCCAACUGUCACGCAAUACGAGUGUUUCACUGCUUCAGACUAAACACGUCAAUCUCGUGCAUCAAGGACAAUUUCUCAUGCCUAACUCACAAAGCCAGAUGAUAUGUUCUUUAACACAUGAUUAAUUACAAAAAUUAAAUUCAAUAUUCCCAAAAAUGUUUCAUAAAGGCACUUCACCUUAUCGCAGCACACUGAAAUGCCACCUUCGAAGUAGCUUUGGAAGUGCUCAAAGGUUGCCGGAACAUCUUUGGACAUUUUAGGCAACGUUUGGAAGUCUGUGGGAAAUCAUCAAAAAUCUUUGACCCAGAAAAAGUUGGCAGGUAUACCAUAAAUCCAUGGCUGUCAAUAAGGGCGGGUAGCCGGCCAAAACCGCCGGCUAGAUAGCCAUCCUUAGCUGGCUACUUUCAUCUCCUUCUACCAUAACUGCUAACAAAAGAUAAGCAGCGUUGAAUGAAAUUGUAAAGCAUCUGUUUCCCAAUUUUGAAUGACAUUGAACACAUAUUUGAACAGGUUUAGAUCUGUGAAACGUUCGAACUGUAUGAUGUUGUGGAACACUUGGGACAUUUUGACAGCAUUGUUCCCAGUCCUGGGUGUAUUCCAACGAAAAAACAUGGCGUCCGCAGAGGAAAAUACCUCUUGAAAACCCUUGAAAACUCAAUUGCUGAGACUCUAAAUUUCAAAAUGUCACUAGAUGCCUCAGCCCUAAGAAACUUGUGCCUUUGGUGCAAAUUCCAAAGCUGCUCACUACUCAUUAUCAGCCUGCUACUUAAAAACUUUUUGACAGCCCUGUAAAUCCUGAGGAGUAACUGGAUUUUGUAUUAUCACCAUAAAAUAAAAGAAUGGAAAUAAACUAAGGGAUAUUAUUAAUUCACUCAAAAUAUUCCACUGGUUUUGAUUGGCUCCAAUCACCUGGCAAAUUCUUCAAAACUACAAUUAGGGACAAAAGUAGUUGACACAUUUGUUUAAAACAGGCGCUUUUAACAAACAUUUAAUUCAUUUAUUAUUUCAUUCCUUUUAAACCCCGUAAAUCCCCUCACCGCCCCGAAUCAAUGUUGUCUGAAGUAAAAAAAGACUUGAGGGUCUAAAAUUCAACAUUAAUUUUGGGGGGAAGAGGUUGGGGUAGACAGUGUAAGGGGAUAAGUAUAUCCACUAUGCAAAAAGGGGCCAUUUUACGGAAGUGUGUCAACAUUAUUUUUUGUGCCUCAUUGUAGCUGUGGCGCUUUCCAUUAUUUGGAAGAUGUAGCCGGUAAUCCAUUGAUAUGAUGGCUUCUUACUUUAAUAGUAACCCAUUGAUAAACCUCCUUUUGAGGUGUGGCCACCUAGCUGUUUAUGCCUGAGUAAACUGAAAAAAAAAAGUGUUUGUGGCUAGCGAAAGAUGGAAUAGCCAGAUUUCUGACUUUAACUUAACAAAAUAAAUGUAAAAGUACACAAAAAAUAUAUUUCAAUGGAUAUCAUCUACUUUUUAAGAUUGUGUUAGUGUGCAGGGGUUUGAAGCAGUUGUUUAAACAUUUCUCCACCCACCCUCUCCUUCCACUGAAUCAUCAGUGUGGCAGGUGUCUAAUAAUUAUACAUUUGUAGGGGCUUAUGGCUGGGUUGUAGAUACAUUUGCCAGUCAAGGGGGCGGAUUCUGUCUUGGGGCUGGCUGGAAAGCCGAAGCUCCUAUUGGUAAAUAAUGGUCGACUUCUUGAUCAGAAAAUCAGGGUGCCCAAUAAAAAUUCUUCUACCUCAAAGAGAAGUACCGGUAUGUAUGGGGUAUUAGCUGAAAGCGCUGAGAGGCUAGCCUAAAAUUAAAAGUUCAAUUUGUUUCUCUGUUGAAAAGUAAAAACCUUUGGUAGUCUAUGAAGCACUUUGCAACAAAAGCAAGCUAAACUCUUGGACAAAUACCUUGAAACACUUUGGAAAAUUUUGCUACCUUUCGUUCCCCCCUCCCACGUCACAAGGGAUGUGCGUAGAUGUUUCAAGGAUUUUUGGUGAGGAUUGUAGGCUGACUGCUGAUAGAAGCCCUGAACAAUCAGGAAGCGCACCACUUGUACAAUGUUCACGUACCCAGUAGACAUUGUUAUAAUGCAAGCCAUAGACUCCUAAACUUUAGUACUCAUUAUUAAUUUGCAGUGAGCAGCUGAAUUCCACUAUUAAGUGUGAGGAAACAAGAUAUAGGAAUAAAAUGAAACAAGGUAAAUUGUUUAACAAUGUUGUGGAUUUUAUUAAUUGAAAUUUUUACAUAUGUAGUUCCAGUCAUUGACAUCACACUGGUGUUAUUAUUUUUAAGCAUCUCUUUAAAUUCUUUUUCAUGAGACUGUUUCACCCAGUCCCUUGCACCCACAUAAGUAAAAGGUGAAAGGUGAACUAUUCUCAGGUUACCUGAAAUUCAGGAUCUUUUUUACCUAUUUCCACUGAAUUGUAUCUCAGUCUAAUCCUUAUCAACUUUCCUAAAUGCUUGGUGCAUUGUAUAUUUCCAAACCUCUCUGAUACAAGUGGUACUUCACAGAAUCUCUAUUACUUUUAGGAACAUUUGUUCCCCAAGCUCAAGUUAUUUGUAGAGGUGUUUGAUAUGUGGUGGCAAGACCGCUGUCAAGCAGGCAUGGCCAUAUAAAAUAGAUUUAUGACAGCAAAACCACGCACGUUGACAUUUGGCGCAGUCGUAGACAGUACAAUGUAUAUCUUAAAGAUUAAGGUAAAACAACUAAUCUGCUCUUUCAUACAAUUUUCAUCUUCUCCAACAGAUGGAAAUGAUCAUAUAACAACUAAUCACACUACAGCAGGUGAUGACAUUGGUGAAGUCGUGGUCUUGUCAGAGGAUGAAUGGCAGAAGCAGAAAAAACUUGAUCAGAAAAAGAGGCAUGGUAUAGUACUGUGGCGGCAUCCAAUUACAACCCUGACGUAUUUUUGCUUUGAGCUGGGAAUUCUGUUACAUGACUACAAGGAAAGGUAAAUGCACUGUAAUUUAUUGUAUGUUAAAUACAUUUCUUGUAAUAAUUUUGCCCUUAUUCUUCAGUUAGUGCACUCCACCAAAAUUCCCACCUAAACUGUUGGUUAAUUUCCUGUCAGGAUUUUAUAUUUAACUAGUAAUGAAUGAGGCUCACAUGAAGAAUUAUGGAGAUCGAGGAGGGUGUUAGCAACCUCGGCCUUCAGCUCAGCUGAUAACACUUACCUCAACCUUGAUUGUUGUGGAUAUCUCUAAAACCUCAUUCAAUAAUAUUAUAUGUUUGUUAUUAACAAAAUGAACUAAUAAAUUAUAAGACAUCUGUGACACAGUGCCUUUUUUUAUUAUAAAUGUAAUGGUGAAUGGCAGCAGACAAUGACAUCUAUGACUUUGAAAAAAACAACUUAAACGUUUAAUCAUACACAAGUCGUCCCUGAAUGACUCACAAGUAUUGUACAAAUAACCAUCACAAGUAUUUAUUAGAAUCGCUGUGAUAGAAAUUGAUUAAUGUGAGAAAACUUAAAAAAAAACAGGUUAUAUAAACACUUGAGAAACUUGAGCAAAAGUUGAGGUUAUUUCACGGUGGCCUCGUGCGCGCCAAUGAUGUGGUCCCUGUGUGCAUGCUCCUGAUAAACAAAGGUGAAACCCGCUGGUCAGAAUACCAGCGGCGACAAAUAAAGGUAUUAUUAAUUAUUUAUUCACAACUCACAUAUUACAUGAUACUAGGCGAGCUUUGUUUGAAAGGUUGCUCAUAAAUAAUAUCAUCCACCCCUAGCUGUUGUGGUGUUCUUUUCUUCUCAUGGAAAGCUCAGAAAAUUAAAAUAGAAUGGUUAUAAAUUAGAUGUUACUCCUGAUCAAAUUAAUGCAACAAACAUUUGCGAAAAAUAACAAGAAACGUUUUGAAACAUGCAUGAAGACAACAUUUUGCUGGAGUUUAAGCACUUGUAAAUGUAUGAGUACUUUUUUUAGUUUAAACAUCUAUUUUCUUGCUUUUUUAAAACUUUUCAGAACACUGAAACACAGGAAGACUGUUUCGUCAGUAGUUGUUAUCUCCAUUUUAACGAUUCUUGCCUAUAAUUUCGAUGGGGCACAUCAAGAGGUACAAACUACUUAAUUACAAGUACUUUAGUUCUUGCAGGACUUAUGUUUUAUCAAUAAUAUUAUCAACGCAUCUGAAGCUCACUCAACAGAGUCUCUAGUAAGCAUAAAGCUCCUUUUAUGGCCAUCUAAACUAUUUGAACUCUCUGCUUACAAAUUUAUUCCUGUUAGCAGCCAUCCCUAAUAUUGGAGCACUUUGAAUAGUGGGCAAUUCCAGAAAAUAUCUGUUGUGGUUCAAUUUUGUCCUUGGAUUAAAUGAUAAUGAGUUUAAGAAAAAGGGAAAUAAAAAUUAAACCAAGGAUAAAAUAGACCUAUUCAGCUAAGUCGAUGUUGUACCCAAUUCAAAUCUCCCAGCCUGUUUAAGAUUCUUUGUGUAUUGUAUUUGCAUUGUAAUGUGGCAUUCACAUUUAAAUGACAUGCAGAUUCCUAAAACAAAACAUUUUAUUCCCAAAGGUUUGAAUUAGGUACAACAUUGAGUUAGCCGAAUAGAUCUAGUGAACCACAACUGUCCAUAUUAUAACAUGGAUGGCUUUUAUAUUUUAACCCCCCUUGCCUUCUGAAAUUCCAUAAUCGUUUAAAAUCCCUUCUCAUGAUUCGGAUUUUCCACUUUUUCAACAAACCCUCAAAUUUCUGGCAGGGUCAUGAAUAUACCCAAUUUAGCUUAUUUAAUGCCAAAAUAUUUCAAAUGACUCCACUAGCUAGUACUGUACCUCAGUACAGCUGGUUACAAUUAAUGGAGUCAUAAUUUUUGUUAAAAAAAUAGAGAAGUUUUCUUCUUACUGCUGUUCAACAGAUGCAACCUGCAUUAACUUUACAUUGCCACAAACUGGUACAAAACAUUAGAAUAAGAAAUUAUAUCUGAACUGAACGUGUGUACGCUUGGAAGACAUUACGAUCAAGUUAGUGUAUGCUAAUUUCUGCCAUCUUGAAUUUGAGCCUUUGGGGUUAGCAGUUGCUCCCAAUCCCACGAGCUUCAAAAAUUAAAAUAACUCCCUAGAUCAAAAAAACAUGUUUUUUCAUUGAAUGGACAGAAUAAUUUAUCAGGCUGCUUUUAUGGGAGAAAAAAUGAUGUUUUGUAGCGUUAAGGCUUCUGGAGUGUGAUGUACAGCCCACGUGCGUUUUGUCGGUUUUCUUCGGCAAAUGAACACGAACACAUGCUAGAUGGGUGGGUGCUUGUCUUGUAUCCUGCUACCGUGGGUGUCAGCAUCUUCAUCGGUUCUUACUUUAUUUUCGAAUCGAUUAUAAUAAAAGUCCAUUAAAUUAUAAUGUGUUUUCAAGGAAUACACUCUUGUCUGUCCCCUGUGGAAAUUCCAGAUCUUGAACCCCUCCAUGCCUUCGGAAUUCCAAUCGUAAGUAUCCCCCAUGCCUUCGGAUUCCCAGUUCAAAGAAUUCCCCCUUGCCCUUGGAAUUCCGAAAAGCCAUCCAUGGUAUCGUAUUGAGUAUUUUCUGGAAUUGCUCAAUUCUGUAUCCUUUAAGCAGAGCGGCAAAUAUCAGGCGGUGGUCAUUGAAUAAUGUCUCACAAAAUCUUAACCGUGAUUGGACAUGAUGUCCGGACAAAAUUACUACCAAAGAAAAUCAUUUUGCAGAUUAAUAAAAUCUAACUUGCACAUACAGUGUAUGUGAAUAAUGUUUUACCAACAAUAAUAUUUUUGUAUAAGGUGAUGUACUGUACGACAGUAAUCAGUCAACCUGCCAAUGAGGUACUUAAAGUGUGCACAUUUUGUCAGAGAUGCAACAUGCAUCCUUGAUUCAAAACUGAAUCAUGUGGACAAUUUGCAAUGCUUAGGCUUCUGGAUUGAUAAGCAAAGAAAGACCUUGAGUCCAGUAAAGCAAAAGCAUGGUGGCCACUUCCAACAAACAGAUGGUUGGGUGAAAAUCUAAUCUAGACCUGAUGAUAAGAUUUUUGGAACGUCAGUUGAAUCUGUUUUGUUGUAUGGCCAUGGAUUGGAGAGGUGGACAUUGAUCACUGCUGUUACACAAGGAACUCUUAGACACUAUAUGAAUGAGGGUCAUUAUAUCCAGCAAAGAGCUCUAUGGCAACCUGCCUAUAAAGUCUAGUCCCCAGAUAAUUAUGUUGACUGUAGUUUAGUGGCCAUUGUUACAGAAGCAAGAAUAAGAUUAUUACUUUUCAAGAUUUUUUAAAGAAUAAGAUUAUUUCUCAGCUACUUCUUUAUGAUCCAAAACAUGGGAUCAAAAAACACAAAAAGUGCAAGGUACCCAACAACAAUUUCAUAGACCAACAAAUGACCAAUGGUCAAGGGGGCAGCAGCAAUAUUCGUUCAUGUCAAUUACCAACUAGAGAAAUUAGAUACCAGUCUUUCUAGACAAGAACUGCCAGGUGUCAUCGCUGACAGAGGGAAGUAGGGCAAACUCAUCAAAUUGGUGCGGUGUACACAAAAUAGAUAGAUACCUUUUAGUACUUGCAACAUUUAACGUAACUAUUUCAGUCCUUAGUACAAAUCAAGUCAGUAUUGUUUUGGUGGGGUUAUUGGGUUGGCCUCGGCAUUCUCUCAUCUGUUGGAUUUGGCACUGGACUUCACACCUUUCUUCUUUACCUGGUAAGGGAAAUAAUUAUCAUUAUUAUUACAGUUGACUCUCUCUUAAUGGACACCUCUAUAAGACGGACAUCUCCCUAAAAUGAACACCUAGAGUUGGUCCCUACCUUUCUUUAAUCCCUUUAUUUGACUCUCUAUAAGACGGACACUUACUGCCGGUCCCAAAGGUGUCCGUCUUAGAGGGAGUUGACUGUAAUGCAUUAUCAAAAUGUUAACAUUAAAAAUUUCUCUAUAAUUUUAUAAAUAACGGUAAAUUUCAAGCUUAUAUCCAGUUAAGUUUUGAUGGUGUCUGCUUGAUGCAGAUUUCACAGCGUAGAUUAAAAUUUUUGUCACUGUGAGAUGUAAAAACUGGAACUGAUCUUCCAGCUGCUAGGCUAGUCAAAGAGAAAAAAAUAUUGUCAGCCAAUUAGUUGUUAUGCACUUGUUCUACAUCUACACUGUACAAUAAUUUAUCUGACUGCAUCUGUAGUCAGGGGCACCCAACGAGAAUAUAGUUCAAAACCACUUAAACAUAGAAUUGUUAAACAUAUUUUAGUAUUUAAACGGUAGAUAUAGGCAUAUUGUAAUCCCCUAAAAAUUUUUCAUCUGUUCGGAUUUCUUAGCUGAAAGUCUAGUGAUCCGAAAAUUAUAGGGAUCAAAACUUAACUUUUCAAAAAUUUCAGCCAGAAAAAAGGCUCCCGAAAAUUCUAGGUGACCUUUUUAGGGUAAAAAUCCAUUAAAAAUGGGCAAUUAUACCAUUUUUUAGAUGUUCGAAAAUCCUAGGAGAGGCAGGCAAGCAAGAAAUUUUACAACAAAUGUUCUGAAAAUUCUAGCUCUCAAAUCGUCUUCCGAACAGAUACUUUUCUGAAAAUUGUCGUUGGGUGCCCCUGUGUAGUGUUUGUGAGUUCCCACACAAAAGGAAAGCAGAGUCGAAGUGUUGAUGUUUAUAUCAAGGUAGGUACGUGGAUGGUCUGUCUCCUCAAAAGAAAAAAAAAGAAACACUGCGAUUUCUUGUUUCCGGUGACAGUUUUAACACCUUGCAGUUUACUGGGUGGAAAUGAAAACUUGUAAGAGAUUGUUGCAAGCUCUCCUUUCUUACCCCACCCCUCACACUCACAUCUCCUUUCGCAUGCGGCUCUUGUGUGACAUCUUGUGACCCUUCCAAAUGAAGAGCUUGCUUUCAGGCUAAAAAAAUUAACUUUAUGUAAAGUUGUUUUGCAGUAAUACAAUGCAACUGUAAUGUUACAUUGCACUCUAUCAUCAUGAUUUAAAUAUAUAACUUUUUUGUUCCUUCAGGGACCUCACAUUGCAUCUGUGACAUUAGCUGCCUGGGAGUGCAAUACCUUAGACUUUCCUGAGCCCCCUUACCCUGUUGAGUAAGUUCUUUUCUGUUUUUGCAUUAUUUUAAAUCCACAUUGUUUUUAAUCCAAGAAGGAUAAAGACUGCAAGUUGUAUACCGUAAACUGCAGCUUAUUAGCCCUGGCCAUGGGCUAAUACAGGUACAUCUUUCUAAGGGUUUUUUUAGGGGUUAUAAAAUAAUGGAAAGGCUUAUAUUUGAAGGGGAUUUUUAUUAAAACAAAAAAAGUGCUUUGAAACAAGCUCUGACAGUGCUGAUGAAAAUGCAUUUUGAAUUUACUGUUUUUAAGCUUCAAAACGUCAUACAUUCAUUGGAGAAGAGGGGGUGGGGGGGGCUUAUAUCCCAAGGGGGUUAUGCUUGGAUCUAGUUUUUAGGUUUAUGGGUAGACAAGCCUUUAACUGGAAGGGCUCAUAAGUGACGGAGCUUAUAAGUGGCAAUAAUAGAUAAGGGUAGAUAAUAGAGCAUAAGUUUAACUUUCUCGUUGCAGCUUUUUCAUAGUACAUGUAGUAAAGAUGUCAGCCCUAAAAUCUCUCUGUAUCCACAGCACACAUAUCAGGUUUAAUGAUGUGGAAAUGAAUUACCCUAAUUUUUGUUAAAGAUCAGGGGAUGCCUCUAAAUUACACCUUUUGUCCUUCAUUAACAGAAAAUAGAAAUUCAUUAACAUUUUUAAUUAGUAACAACAUUUUCACGUAGAAAUGUUCAUUUUCAUCAUCUUUCGUUUUAAUUGUGCAAUUACCAUGCUAAUGCAUCUUCAAUAACACGAUUGGAAUGUCAUUUUCUUUAUUGUAAGGUCUAUUACGUUUUUGGGAAAAUGUUAAUAUCAGUAGCACUGUCAUUUUAUAUUUUUUGAAAGUCAUUGCCUACAAGUACAUUACUGUGCAUAACAAACCAAGUUUAUUUUUAUAUAAACCAAUUGGAUAUUUUAACAUUCUUGUGUUAUACAAUGGAUAUAGCAGCUGGUGAGAAUUUAAGUUGAAAAGUUGUUACUUCAAUAAGCACUUCUAAUUUUAAAUAAUUUUUCAUUAAUGCUUUUGUUAUUUCUAGGAUCCAGUGUCCUGACGAUGAUCACACAUCAACAGUAAACAUGUGGACCAUCAUGUCUAAAGUCAGGGUUGAAGCUUUCAUGUGGGUGAGUCAAUUGCUGGAUAAAAAUAAUUAAUAAAAUUAAUUCAUGCCAUUUGGCAUCUUUGUUGAUAUGAAGUGUCACACAAAAUAAUGUUGUUCUUGUGAUAAAUCAUUGCUCCAAGCACAGGUGACCCAGGCUCAGUGAUAGUACCAAAGUAGGAAUCCUGUGAAGUUACAGUGUUAAUGAAAAUAUGUAUAUAGUGCAGUUAAUUUUUUAUUUCCAUUAAUUUUUGUUUUUCCUUUGAUUUAAAUUCCUUAACAUACAUUAGCAUACCCAAAAACAAUGGAAAAUAAAAAUUAACUGAAAUUAACUUCACCCCAUACAAACACUGUAAAUUUCCAGGAUAUUUUAUACUGAGGUACUAUCACUGAACCAGGGUACCCGUGCUCCAAGCUAAACUUUUUCAGGGUUACCUGUGGUUAUGACCUGUGUAUAAUGAUUUCCAGAAAUACAUGAGAGACAUUGGGUGCGUGAAAACAAACACUUUGUGCAUUAUUGCAUAAAAGGUUAUUUGGAAAUAAUCAAAAUAGCUUCUAGAGAGAUUUAUAAGAAAACAGAGUGUAAAUAAUCUGUUCAUGCACUGAAUAGUACUUACAGUAACUGCAGUUUUUGGUUGGAUUUUUGUAAAGUUAUAGUACUUUUCAUCCUGAAUUUGUUAUUUCUGUUUUGAUCAAGUCACUGUUCACAACUUGUUUUGCAGGGAGCAGGGACAGCCAUUGGUGAACUUCCACCUUAUUUCAUGGCCAGAGCAGGUAUAUCUUAAUAUAUCAGACUGGAUAUCCCUGUACAUGUACAUUAUAUCUGUGUCCUAUUUUUCUGGUAUUGCUUGAUUGUUAUUUUUCCAUGUCAGAACGUUUAAAACUGGAACUGGCAUUUUCAUCUUUUGUUUUGAAAAAAAAAAUUCUGUUUUUGCAGGCACAAGUAGUACAUGUAUCCCAGACAUUCUCAACUGCUUUUAAAAAGGCUUAACUAAAAAAAAUCGCCAUACUCUGUUAAAUGGUCUUUAAAACGCAACUUACCUAGCAAAGUAUUAAAGUACACACACACUUCUCUAUUUCCCCCAGCUCGUUUGUCGGGAACAGACCCAGACGAUGAAGAAUUGGAAGAAGUAGAAGAGCUGGAACGUUUAACUUCGCUUAAAAAUCAGAGUUUGUGGACAAAAAUUAAAAAAGUUAUCCUUGAUUUAGUGGAGCGAGUUGGCUUCUUUGGUAUUCUUGUGUGUGCCUCAGUGAGUACAGUGAAUGUGUAAAUCUCAAUGUCUAACAUUGUUAUGUCAAUUUUGGAAUCUUAUCUUUUUGUUAAGGCUUUACUUGAAAUGUGGAUGAGGCUCAUUACAGUAUGAUAUACUUGACCAGACUGAUCAAUCGACUUUUUGUGCAGCUGAAGAGAAAACAGCAAUAAAACUCUCUUUAGGAUAAUCAAUGUUAAAACAUCCUUUGAACAUACCAUGAAUGCCGCUUCAUGACAAUAUUAUUACACUCUACAGUGUCUUAUUUUUCCGAAAAUCGGCCUCUUCUAGGCGCUGAUUCUCACCCUCUUUUCAAAUACCCGUCCACACGUAGUGUAUUUGAAUUGUUUUUGCCCAUCCAUAUGAAAACGCUAAAGCGAUGCUGGGAAAUAUGAUAGCAUCCCGUACAGGGUGUGCGUUAAGCAACAAUCUAGGACAGAAAAAAAUAGAACAGCAAACCCCCACCCCCCCACAAAAAAAAAAUCAAGGAUGAAGCCGCGCAGAAGCCAAAACGCGCCAUUUAUCAUCUUUGAUCCGGGGGAGAUGAGGGGAUGAUGAUGUUUUGUCCAAGAUUGCAGUAGAACUGAUGAUGUAUGACUUCAUUGUUUUCGACCAUCCACACGUAAACAAAAGGCCGUUGAUUUUAAAAAUCUCCAGUUGUUAACAAUCUCCAAUUUUAAGAAUACCCGGAUACGUGUGUCCGGACGGGGCCUAAGAGUGAUUUGUCACCCAUCAGACAUGCUUGCAUAAACGUCCAGCCUAUAUGGAGAGACAUUUGCCCGUAACUGUGUGUACCAUUUCUUGAUCAUGCAUAGGUUCCCAACCCUCUGUUUGAUUUAGCUGGAAUCACUUGCGGCCAUUGCUUGGUACCUUUUUGGACGUUUUUUGGAGCAACACUUAUUGGCAAAGCUGUAAUAAAGAUGCAUCUUCAGGUAGGUAGCCAUGCUUUUUUUCUUUUUUCAUUCUGUGAGCGAGAAGUUUCACGUUAUUGACUAUAAUUUUAGAUAACUAUUUAACUCAGUAAAUAAAUAACAAAUAAAUAAAUACUUAAUUUAAUAUCCUCUCCGCUCCCCUUAUUUGGCUUUUUAGGGGUAAUGAACCAAUAAUUCAAAUGGCACAUAAUAUGGUUAAGAAUCUCAACUAGUUGGAGGGGAACCAGUUGCUUAUUUACAUGUGUGGCCGAGGAUUUCAACUCGGGUCUACCAAGAAAAAAUCCGGGUAGUGGUCAGAGCAGGACUUGAACUCGGGGCCUCCAAAUUACAAGUCCAGUGCUCUAACUGCUCGGCCACACUAGUUUAGCUGUUAAUAUACCGGUAAACUCCAACAGCAAAGUGCAGAUAUAAUUAUUUAUUGUAAUAUAUGUUCUGAGAAUGUAAACGUCAGGCAUUCACCUCAACAAGUGAGACAGUAAGUAAAUCAGGGUUGUCACUAAGGACAGGGAACUGGGCAGUUCCCCAGGCUACUAUAAGCAGCGCCCCUUCCCGGCUACUUUCAGAGAACAAAAAAACAAAAUGAUAGAACCAAAACAAUUUCCUAACUAUUCACCUCUCCGCCUACUAUUUACAUAUACCGAGCAACUGCCUCCCUUCCCCCAGAUGCUCCUACUCUUUUCAAACAGCGUGCGUUCUCUUUUACGAUACAUUCUUUUCUGCUCAUUUCCAUCUCUCUUUUUGUUUUGCAGAAAACAUUUGUUAUUCUAGCUUUUAGCAAGCACUAUGUAGAGGCAGUUUUAUCAUAUGUAGGGUGCGUAUUGUCCCUUUCAAUUUUAAAAGUAUGUUAAUUCUUCUUUCAUUUAUAUUUUGAUAUCACAGCUAAGAACAGUUUUUGGAAGAGUUUGGUAAGAUCAAAAACAAUCAAACCUUACUGCCAUCAUUGCUUUGGUUUCUUAAGAUAGUGAGGAGGACGUAAAUUUGACUCUUUUUUCUCGGCAAAGAGUUCAUAAAAAAGCCUCUUCAUGAACUAAGACAGACGAUGUUUACCUCUGUUUUGCAGUAAAAUACCAACAAUUGGACCGUAUAUUCAGAAGCCUUUCAAGAUAGCACUAGAAAAGCAAAAAGAAAAACUGCAUAGGAAGCCAGGUCAAGGGGGUAGUACCACUUCGGUAAGUAAGAUUUUUGUGCCAAGCAUUAACAACUUCCUGUAUAUGUCGAGGUUUCUAAUCCUUUUUUCAAAUGAUAUGCCAUUUUGUGUAAUCAAACUCAUCUGACCAGUCGUACAAUGUACUUCACCAUACUCCAAAGUUCUCAAGAGUGCAGUGGAAAUGUUUGGAGUAUUUGAUAAAUUUUGUCGUUGUUUUCGUGGCAAACAGUUAUGGAACUGUUUGCUAAACAAGGAAUUGAAAAAUUUUAAAUUACGACAAAUCCAUAAAAACCCUGUUCUUAGGCUGUAAGUGCUUCUUCUUUGUGCCUGUUCACUGUUACGGCGUUAAAACCCCGAAAUGUUACUGAAGGUUCUUAGAUUUCAACUGUCAACUUCAACUUUAUUUGAAAUAUAUUUGUCAACACACAACACAAAGAGACCGGUCCGUAUGUAGCAUUUGCUAAUCUGAGUGGAACAGUCACACUAAAAACACAAACGAUAGUGCUUAUAUCUAGUAUUGUCACCAGAAGCAAAUAAUCUAUUUUUUAUCUUAAUUGAUGUUUUUAUGCCUCGCCUCUUGUUAUCCAAGGUUUAGAAACCUGGAUAUUUCGGUCGAACGCGAAAACCAAAAUGGAUUUCUUGUCUGGUACUUCCUCUCCUGUUUUUUGUGUUGUACCAAAGGCGUAGGUGUUUGUUAUGUUCCUCGGAAAAUUACAAGCAAACAAACAUUUUUAACAACGUUUUCUUAUUUUGCGGGUUGUUAACCAUUCUCGGAGACCCAGGGGCGGUCAGUCGGGUCGGGAUAAAUGGCGGCGAAAGUUUACAAGAACGGGCGAGAGAACCCAUGGGAUGCUACUCUUGAAGAACCAGUUCCACUACUCAUUGGAAUGCUUGUCUCUGAUUGUUUUUUUGUGCCCAAUCGGAGGCCAGAAAAAGUAUGAAAUUGUUGCAUACAUAGUUAAUGUAUGGGGUUAAAUGGAAAUCUUACACUCUUCUCGAAGAAAGCUCUUGCUGUUCCUUUUGUUUAGGUGACGGGAAAACAGUCGAGUUUGCAGGUAAACUCCUUCGUAUAAGAUCACGAAAGCAGCGCGAUAGAUGUUGGCCUUCGAUUGUUUUGCGCCCAAUCAGAGAAAAGCAUUCCAAUGAGUCCUGGAACUAGUUCGUUAAGAGUAGUAUCCCGGGGGUUCUGUCGCCCUUUCUUGAAAACUUUCGCUGCCGUUUAUCCCCACCCGACUGACCGCCCCUGGGUCUCCGAGAAUGGUUAUUAACUCCCACCACACCCACAGAAAACACUCAAGGCAUUUAAACAGAGAUAAUAGACUGUUCACAGUCCUCUAUUUUUCCGUAAGAUCAUCGAGAUCGAGAGCUUUGCGUUACGGGCUACCCAUCUUGCAUGAGUGUCAAAACUACCGAGCUAUAAUCCCCGACGCCCGCCCCCUCGAUACAUUUGAAAAUCAAGAUAGCCGUGACGGUAAGAAGCGGUGUAUCUAAACGAUCUUACGAAAAAAUAGGGGACUGUGAACAGUCUACAGAGGUAGUAAUUAUUAUUUUUGUCCUUUGUUCUCCGCAGGAGCCGAACAUUCUUGCUUGGAUUUUCGAGAAGUUUGUAAUCGCCAUGAUUAUCUACUUUCUUUUAUCGAUAAUCAACUCCAUGGCCCAGCACUAUGCGAAACGUUUGGACGAGAAGAAACGGCAGUCACAGAAACCGGCCAAGGGAGAAUAAUGGACAAUAACAAGGAUCCAAGAAUUUAUUAUCUGUUGCUGGGAAACUUAGCAGAGACCAGCAUCCUAGUCAUAUUUCUUAUAUGAUCGUAGCGUCAUCAUCACCGUGAUAAUCAUCAUUGUCAUCCUCAUUAUCACCAUCAUCAUCAUUUUAGUGGUAAUCUUCUUUGCCAGAAUCUUCAUCUCCCGUAACUUAACAUCAGCACCACCACAACCAACACUUCCGUCGUUGUCAUCUUCAUCUUUACACAAAAAGCACUAUUUUAAAGUUAAAGCUAUGAAAUGUUUAAUAAACAGAGUAGUUGGAUGAUGUGUGUAGAAAAUCUAAGAGCAAGCAAGCCAAGAGUCUACAUAAACAGACAAACUAUUUUUAACCUUUGUUUCGACUGAGAACUCAGAGCUGUCAUGUAAUGACAAAGAACUCGAACUUGUCACCUUGAAACUUGUCAACUUGAAAACCCACAGUUAGAUUGCGAAGGAAACCACUUCCUUCUUCCUUAUUUAAUUCAGGUUUAAAAACAACGCGAUACAGGGCGGGG